UUUUUUUUCUCUUUCUUUCUUUUUUUUUAUUUUUUUUUUUUCCUAUUUACUCCACAUUCCUUAUGUCUGGCAGCAACUCAUCAACACCAACAACAACGACAAAUGAAUACAGAGAAGAUUUAUUAAUGUUGGCAUCGUCAUUCCUAUCUUCCAGUAAAGUCCAAGCAGCAGAGAAAUCAAAGAAAAUUGCCUUUCUUAAAAGUAAAGGACUUACUGACGCAGAAAUAACAGAAGCCUUCAGAAGGUUGGAUCAACAAACAUCCAUAUCAGAAACUUCACCACAACCGUCAUCAGCUUUGAAAUAUACUUCUCCAUCUACGUCUUUGAUACCUGAGCAACCAAUGGAACCACUUAUUCUUUAUCACCCUGCGCCCACUGCUCCCAUAGUCCCGACUCAACAAACCUUUGCUUUGGCUCUUAUCUUUGGUGUUGGUCUUACUGGAGUUGCCUGUGGGUUGAUUGGCAUUGUCAAGCGACUAUUAUACCCUGUGUUUGCAACCUAUGCUGGAUACAAACAUAGUCGAUAUCAAUACUAUACUGGUGUGAUCAAAAAAGUGAAAGAAGUAUUAGACAAGGAUAUCAAGGAGGAAAAAGAUCAAGAUGAACUGGAAUCAUUAGAUAAACCUGGAGUAUAUCAGUUGAUUUCGAAACAACAGUCUUUAGCCGAACGACUCGCCGAUAUUGUUUUCCAAGUACAAUCACUUCGCCCAACAAAGAAAUCACAAUUGGCCAAUCUUCAUCAAUCCUUUAAUGCACUAUCGGAAUCACUGACUUUGGAUCAAGAACAACCUGCAGUGUUGAUGGAUAUGAAAGGGGAACUGCGUCGCUUGAAGGGAAUAUGUCUCAAUAGGCGUCAAUUUUAGUCUUUCAUUGGUUAUUUUGUUAAUUAGAUCAUAUUGCUUGGUUCUUUUUUUUUUUUUAUGG